AUGGCGCAGAGACGGUGGCUUCAAACCCUAACUCGCCAUACCCUACCUCUCCUCUCAUCAAAUUCCACAACGUCUCUCAAACCUCUACCUCAUCUUCGAGCCUCCAUUUCUUUUAAAUCCUUCCUCUCUCCCAAACCCCUUCAACAAUUUCAAUACACUGAUCCCACCUUGUUCCACACUCGUAAUUUCUCUUCAAUUUCUCGCGACGAUAGCGAAACUGAAGAAGACGGCGAUGACGAUGAAGAUGAAGAAGAUUACUAUAGUGAUAACAAUGAGGAGGAGGAUACGAUGGUGUCGGGUAUGAAAAGGGAAUAUUCAGCGGAAGAGAAAGAAGCGGAGGCUGCCGCAAUUGGGUAUAAAGUGAUUGGACCGCUCUUGCCAUCUGACCGGGUUUUUAAACCUAAUGAGCCGGUUUUCGCUGUUGUUCAGGUUGGGUCUCAUCAAUUUAAGGUGAGUAAUGGGGAUUGUAUUUACGUGGAGAAAUUGAAGUUUUGUGAAGUAAAUGAUAAGUUGAUUUUGAACAAGGUUCUUAUGUUAGGAUCAAGUACGCAAACAAUAAUUGGUAGGCCUACAUUGCCAGAUGCAGCGGUUCAUGCAGUUGUUGAGGAGCAUGCAUUAGAUGCAAAGGUAAUUAUCUUUAAGAAAAAGAGAAGGAAGAAUUACCGUCGAACCAAAGGACAUCGCCAGGAACUGACUAAGUUGAGAAUAGCUGAUAUUCAAGGGAUUGCGAAACCAGAGCCAAAAGUUGAUCCAAAGCUAAAAAAGGCACCUGUUAAGAAGGAAGAAAAGGUUGCGGUUGCUGCUUAA